AAGAGAGGUAUAUAAAAGGUUAGGGUUUGGGAUUUUUUGGGUGCCAUUGUUGUUGCUAUUUUCAUCCGCAGCUGCUUUUAUUCGCACCGCAAACAGUGAGCCAUGGCCGUCGGAAAGAACAAGCGCAUCUCCAAGGGGAAGAAGGGUGGCAAGAAGAAGGCAGCUGAUCCCUUUGCCAAGAAGGAUUGGUAUGACAUUAAGGCUCCUUCUGUUUUUCAAGUGAAAAAUGUUGGCAAAACCCUCGUCUCUCGUACUCAGGGUACCAAGAUUGCUUCUGAAGGACUCAAGCAUAGAGUGUUUGAGGUCUCCUUGGCUGAUCUUCAAGGGGAUGAGGAUCAUGCAUUCAAGAAGAUUAGGUUGAGAGCUGAAGAUGUGCAAGGGAAGAAUGUUCUGACAAAUUUCUGGGGAAUGGAUUUCACAACAGACAAGCUGAGGUCAUUGGUACGAAAAUGGCAAACUCUUAUUGAAGCCCAUGUGGAUGUGAAGACAACUGAUAAUUACACAUUGAGGAUGUUUUGCAUUGGAUUUACCAAGAGAAGAGCUAACCAGGUGAAGAGAACCUGUUAUGCACAAUCAAGCCAGAUUAGACAGAUUCGUAGGAAGAUGAGGGAGAUCAUGACCAACCAGGCAACAGCAUGUGAUUUGAAGGAGUUGGUCCGGAAGUUUAUUCCUGAGAUUAUUGGAAAAGAGAUCGAGAAGGCAACAUCUAGUAUUUACCCUCUGCAGAAUGUGUUUGUUCGUAAAGUCAAGAUCCUGAAAGCUCCUAAGUUUGAUCUUGGGAAACUGAUGGAGGUUCAUGGAGAUUACUCCGAGGAUGUUGGUGCAAAGGUAGACAGACCUGCUGAUGAAAUAGUGGCAGAGGAACCCACUGAAAUUGUUGGAGCUUGAUUUAGUGAUAAUGCAUAUUCAAAUUGUUCUAGGUUUUCUGUUUCUUAUGUUAUCAUUGAAAAUUUAAGUUACAAACUUACUGUUCUGUCAAAUGUUUCUGUGUAAGCUGAGUGACAGUUUUGUUUAGACAACGAGAAGACAUUUUUGGUGCGUAAUAUAUAUCUGGGUUUUGUUUAGAACCCAAAAUCAGAUUUGCUUGCUUAUAUCGAUAACAUUAUAUUGUUAUUAUGUAUUUUUUAUUACACUA